AUGAAGCUGCGCUCGUUACUUUUCGCCGCUUUUGCCGCCGGACAGCUCAGCUUUGUGGCAGGCGCUAUCAUCGAUCACGACAAGGUGCAGCCGUUUGUACAGCCCGAACCGGUCACCGUAUCCAAAAACGCUGCCGUGAAGUUCAAGCCAAACGUCCUGGUCCUAUGGACAUGCCAUCUGAACCCUGCUGUCAAUGCUGCGGGCGAUACGAGCGGAGGUCUCAAAGGAACGGGGGAGCGCGAUUCGGCCUGCAAGGCUGGAUGGUACCAGGACAUGUGGGCCAUCAUGUACGCGUGGUAUUUCCCCAAGGACGUUUAUUAUCGCGGAACCUUCUCCGACAAGGGGUUCCGACACAUCUGGAAGAACGCCGUCGUGUGGCUUGAUAACCCGGCGGUGGAGAAGCCGAAGAUACUCGCCGUGUCGACUUCGAUCGGGAUCAAAGGAGGACGAUAUUUCAACGACAGCACCCCCAUGCUCCUGUCCAAAGCUGAUGAUGGAGAAGACUUGAGCUCACUGAGCCAGAGUAAUGUGGGGGAUGGCGAGUUCCAGGACCUCAUCAUAUGGGAACAGUUGACGGAAGAGGCUCGCGAUGCCCUAAGUUCGACAGACUUUGGAGAGACCAAGGUUCGACGCCAACUUCAACGCUAA